AUGGGAAGAGCUAAUAGAGAAAUACUAACAGGGGGGAAACGAUACAAAGAAAAGAAGCUCAAGAAUAGAGUUGCAGAAGUUGUUUUCGAUAAAGAAAAUCGUAAAAAUUACCUAACGGGGUUUCAUAAACGUAAGUUGGAGAGAAAGAAGAAAGCACAAGAAUAUCUUGAAGAACAAGCAAAGAAGGACAGACUAGAAGAAAGAGCUAGGAUUAGGGAAGAGAGAAAGGCGGUAGUUCAGCAAAAAUUGGCAGAAAUAGAGGCUGCAAAAGAACUAAAUCCAUUUUUAAAUUCCGAGAGUGAAGGCUGUGACAGUGAAGAAGACAGUGACAAUGUCGAUGAAGAGGAGAACGAUGCUGAUGGAAACGGUAAAAAGGAGGAUGGCGUUAAGUUUCAAGGGGAAUGGGGUGGAUUUGAAAAGGACGAUCAAAAUAACGAUACUGAAGAAACUGAAAAAAAAAGUAAAAAAUCUGAUCAUGCAAAGGGAAUACUAAAGAAACAGAUCUACGAAAUCGAUAACCAAGAUGCUCCAGUUACAGGCACAUCUGAAGUUACCAUUGAAAGCUUAGAAAACCCAAACUCCAUCACUGUUGAUAUUACCAAAAAAAUGAAUGUAGAUCUUUCCAAGGCCGAUGAGGUGUUGAAUAGUUCCAUUGCGAAAGCUAAAAAAUAUGCAAAAUUGAUGGGUCUUAGUGAAACACCUGUAGAAACUGAAAAGAUUAAAAAGCCGAAAAAGAAAAAGUUCAGAUACUUGUCAACGACAGAGAGAAAGGUUAAUAAUCUGAAAAUCAAGCAAAAACAACAGAAAAGAAGAAACAAAGAUAGAGAAUAG